GUAUAUAAAUCUAUAAAUAUUUUUCCUUAGCUCCAUUCUCAACCCUAAAUUCUCACUCCACUCAAAACCCUAAACUCAGAGCUUGAGGAAAUGGCUGCCGCCGCCCGCCCUCUCGUCACCGUGCAGUCGCUCUCGCUCGAGAGCGACAUGGCCACCGACGCCAACUCCGUGCCUCUUCCUGAUGUCAUGAAGGCGGCGAUCCGCCCCGACAUCGUUACAUUCGUGGACGGCCAAAUCUUCAAAAACUCCCGCCAACCAUACGCCGUCUCCAAGCGCGCCGGCCACCAGACCUCCGCCGAGUCGUGGGGAACCGGUCGUGCCGUAUCACGUAUCCCCCGUGUGCCUGGCGGCGGAACGCACCGUGCCGGACAGGGAGCCUUCGGAAACAUGUGCCGCGGAGGGCGUAUGUUUGCGCCGACAAAGAUCUGGCGACGCUGGCACAGGAGGGUUAACGUCACGCAGAAGCGCCACGCUGUCGUCUCGGCGAUCGCCGCCUCCGCUGUUCCUUCGCUGGUGCUUGCUCGCGGGCACAAGAUUGAGGAGGUUCCUGAGUUGCCCUUGGUUGUCUCCGACACUGCUGAGGCUGUCGAGAAAACCAGCGCGGCACUGAAAGUUCUGAAGCAAAUCGGAGCUCAUCCAGAUGCGGAAAAGGCAAAGGAUAGCCAGGGAAUCCGUGCAGGUAAGGGAAAAAUGCGUAAUCGUAGAUACAUUUCUAGGAAGGGGCCGCUCGUUGUCUAUGGAAAUGAGGGGGCGAAGCUUGUCAAGGCCUUUAGGAACAUUCCUGGAGUUGAGGUUGCUCAUGUUUCUCGCCUUAAUCUCCUUAAGCUCGCACCGGGAGGCCACCUAGGCAGGUUUGUUAUCUGGACCAAGUCGGCAUUCGAGAAACUCGAUGAGAUUUACGGCACCUUCGACAAGGUUUCUGAGAAGAAGAAUGGAUACGUUCUGCCGAGGGCGAAGAUGGUGAAUGCCGAUCUAGCUAGGAUUAUUAACUCUGAUGAGGUGCAGUCGGUUGUGAAACCGAUCAAGAAGGAGGUGAAGAGGGCCCCAUUGAAGAAGAAUCCAUUGAAGAAUCUCAAUGUGAUGUUGAAGUUGAACCCUUACUCUAAGGCUGCUAAGAGGAUGGCGCUUUUGGCUGAGGCGCAGAGGGUUAAGGCGAAGCAGGAGAAGCUUGAUAAGAAUAGGAAGCCGAUCUCUAAGGAGGAAGCUUCAGCGAUCAAGUCGGCUAGCAAAUCAUGGUACAAGACUAUGAUCUCGGAUAGUGACUACACAGAAUUUGAGAACUUCACAAAGUGGUUGGGUGCGUCUCAGUGAAUUAUAGUCUAAUGCCUUUGAGCUAUCUUAAGACGUGGGAGCGGAUCCCCUACUGUGGAAUAAACACAGCACCAGCUACUGUGCUUUAAAACACAGUCGUUUUACUCCAAACACAACAGCUUUUCAAUUUUUUAUAAUUCCUUUAACUAAAGUCGUUUUUCUAAAACAACAGCUUUUCAAUUUUUUAUAAUUCCUUUAACUAAAGUCGUUUUUCUUCUCAAUAAGCGUGGAACCCAUUUUAUUUUAGGAGUAGUUCUUUCCACAUACAGUACAAAAUGAUUUCUUUUUCUUCUCAAUAUCUGCAAGCUUCUCUCUUUCUUAAGCAAGCAACAUUGUAAUGCUUCUAAUGCAAUAUAUUUUCUUCCA